AUGAACUUGUCCAAUCGGGUUGUGGCCUUUCCGUACACCCCACCACCCGAAGCUAAGUAUGCCAAUCUCUGCCUGCAGGCAAAGGCGGGAGAGGAGGUGCAGGUUGUUCGUCAGGUUGGAGGUUGGGCCGUUUUGAAACUUGGCGAACGUAUGGGGUUGUUUCCAUUAGCUUACACCGUAAAAAAGAAAGAUGUAAAAGCUGGCAACGGUGAAAGUUCCGGAGUUAGUGUGGGUUGCCCUCUUGAAAAUGAAAACGAGAGCGUUACGAAAACCGAUGGAUGCCCCGAAUUUUUCAUGGAAGGAGGCAGUGUGGUGACUGACGCUGAACCACCAGCACAGAGAGCUGUGAGGAAUCACGGAAACCUCAAGCGGCCGGGGUGCGAUCGUAUCAGCCUGGACUUCCACGUUUCAGGGGAAUCAGAAGUGGCGAACACCGCUGAUGACGCGGAAUGUAAUGUCUUAUUUACGCGAGUGCGUUGUCUCCCAGACGAGAGUGAGCGGGAAAUGCCUGACGGAAGUGGCGGCGCUGAGACUGAAGUAAUCCGGAAAGGUGACAGAACAACCACGGGUAAUGAACUUCGUGACGCUGCUUGUGUCCUGUCAGCCCGCAAGCUUCCUGAGGAGACCAUCGGACGAAGAGGAAAGCUCCGGAAGAUGCCUCAGUCCCGUCACGGAGAUAUGGACUACCGUGACAAUUUUGAAGAGGCGGUAGGGGAGCUGCGUGGGCAGUUUGUGGAGCUCGACAUGGAAGUUGAGUGGUUGAACAGCGUCACUGACCGGUUACAGGCUGUCCGUCAAAACCUGGUUGGUGCCUGCACCUCUCGGAACGAGACAUGUGGAAGUCAGCAGCUGCAAGAGGGGGAAAAUGAGGGGAAAAAUCAUGGAGAUCAGUUUGACGCCGCGACACUGAAACAGUAUGUCAGUCAGUUACAACAAAGUCUAGUAGCAUACAAAGCAAAGAGUGAUACCGCACCCGCUUCAAGUGCGGAUGGCGGUCUUGCUGGAUGUGAAGGCGCAACGGCGACAGCUGCUAAGCAAAAUGGUGGAGAAUGUACUGACGGUUUUGAGGUGCCGUGGUGGUGGGUCAUCAGCGCUGAAUUAAGGGCAGAGAUGCAGUCUAUUAGGGAGUGCAUAUGGCGCGAGCUGGAGACGUUGUCUUAUUACUCGGGUCAACGGCAGCGCCUGUGUGCCAAUGCGGACCGGUUGUUGUGUCUGAAAACGUCGAUGGAUGAAGAAUCAUGGACGUUGAAGGAGUCUGAGGAUGCGCUUGAGGUGGUUGCUCCGGCCGGCACUUUUAAGAUAGCGUACGGUACUGGGAGUAACAAUAGUAGUUACCUUACUGACAGUAGCCAUGAGAAUAGCUUCGUUAAUUCAAAUCAGGACACGAGCCUCUCUCUGGCCCCCGAGGGGAGUAGGGAAGACGUUGAAGUUGUUAUGAAAGAGGGUUUUGUGUGGCCAGCGUCUAUUCCUGGAAUGCUGGACAACGAAAAAAAUGUCGUGGAGACUCACCAGCGGGCUAUCAAAAAGUAUGAGGAGAAACUAGAAAAAUUGCGGAAGGGAAAAGGUGAAGAAGCCUUUGAAAGGAUGCGUGCCAUGGAGAAACUUCGGAAAGCCCUGUCAACUGGCGAUGCUGCUCUGAGCGCCCUCCUCAAUAGGCUUAAUGAAAAGAAGGCAUUUGUCAUGAGGUAUAGAAAUGUGGCGGCCAUUAUGGAGGAACAACUGGCGAUUAGUAGAAAACUUCUGCAGCAGAAGCGUGUCAACAGCCGUGGAAACCCCAAAUCGCCUCAGCAGGCGGAACCGACAAACUAG